CUGCCACGGCCGCCACACGCAGCGACACAGCUCGCCUUUGACCCUGCAGCUGCAGGUAGCUCGCAGCGCGCGCGCGCGCGCGAGAGAGAGAGAGAGAGAGAGAGAGAGGCAGUAAACGCGGUGGUGGUAACCCGCCGCCGCAAGCAUCCAUCCAUCCGUCCGCGCCGCGCCGCGCCGGUGGAGGCCGCGCCUAUAUAAGCCGACCUCUCCACCACCACCACCUCCACCUACCUAUCGUGUCGCUCGCGAGCUUUUCUCCCAAAUCCAUCCACUCCUCCUCCUGCGGCCUCUUGCUUCUCGCGCAAUUCUUUGCGGUUUCUUGGGGGUGUUCGAUGGACGGUGACUACGUUUCUGGCCUGCUGAUGAGCGCCGCCGCGGCGGGGCUUGACCUCGGGGUGCUGGACGCCGGCGGUGGCGGUGGUUUCUUGGAGACGCUCUGCGGCGGGCCCGGGUUCGCGGAGCGGGCGGCGAGGAUGUGCGGCGGGGGCGGAGGAGGUGGUGCGCUCUUCGGGCUACCCGGGGUGGCGGCGGCGGCGGCGGGGAACGGGGAGCGCGGCGGGUCGCGGGAAGGGUCGUCGGUGUCCGACCCGGCGUGGGCGCACGCCGGUGGCGGCGCCGCCAAUGCCAGGAAGAGGAAGGCGCCGGCGAGCGCCGGUGCCGGGAAGGACAAGGACGCCAUCUUGAACGGCAACGGCACCGGCAGCGGCCCGUGCAAGGUGGGGGAGGGGAAGCUGCCGGACUCCAAGAAAUGCAAGACGGAGGUGAAGCCCAAGGUGGAAGAAGCAGCCAGCGAUGGCUCGGUCGGAGACAGAGCUCAGAAGCAGAGCAAGGGGAAGAACUCCAAGCCGGCCGCCGAGCCGCCGAAGGACUACGUCCAUGUCCGGGCAAGGCGAGGCCAGGCAACUGACAGCCACAGCCUUGCAGAGAGGGUUAGAAGAGAGAAGAUUAGCCAGAGGAUGAAAGUGCUUCAGGACCUGGUGCCUGGAUGCAACAAGGUGGUUGGUAAGGCACUCAUGCUUGAUGAGAUCAUAAACUAUGUGCAAUCGUUGCAGCAGCAAGUCGAGUUCCUGUCCAUGAAGCUCGCCACUGUGAAUCCGCAGCUUGACUUCAGCAACCUGUCCACACUCUUACAGAAAGAUAUGUUCCAACCCUGUGGCACUACGUUGAAUUCUGUCUUCCCACUGGAAAGUGCUGGUGCAGCUUUUCCAUUCUGUGACCAAGCAGAUUUCUUCCAGUCAUUUGGUCUUGGUACCAUGGAAAACCAGUGUACCCUGGAUCUGGCAAACACAGCUCUACCCCACGCAGAGCACACACAGUAUGCUUUUCAGAAGCAGCAAAGGGAUCUAUGGGAGGAUAAUGGAUUCCAUUAUAACGAUGAGCAAAGCCAGGAGGAUGCAGUUUCUGCGCCGGAUUUCGAUGCAGAUCACACAGAGGUCGAGUUCUAGAGGAUCAGCGAUAACUGCCAAGGAUUCUGUACAUAGAAAGCAUGAACCUGUGGCAAGUGAAGCUCCUAAGCUAACAGUCUUAAAAAAAAUUUAGGCCUGAGGGAAACUGAUUCAUUUUUCAUAUGCUGGAUGUACGGCUACUUGAUUCUUCCCAUAUUUAUGAGAAGAUAAAAUCUACAAAAUGGUAGGAUAUGUACUAGAUAUGGUGCAAAUAUUACAAGCACCAUUUCUCUCUUCUAGCAUGCAAGAGCUAGCUGGCUGGUAAUAGCCUGGUAUUGCCAAUGAUACUUUGUACUGUUGAUUUUUGUCUUGAAAUGAAAAACGUAUGUGAUAUUUCAACAUGUCA